AUGAAUAAAGUGCAGUUUCUGUUUCUGCUUUCGCUCAUUUCUCUACUGUGGAACGGUGCAGACAUAAAAUGCUCAGCCCUCACUGGGGCUGCUGCUGAAGGCCCCAGUUUCGCCCAAACGAAGGCCCAAAGCGCGGAAACAACUAUGCCUGAUUUGUUCAGCCUAUUUUCCGCAAAACCGAAAUCAGCGCAGCCAAUGUUUAACUUUUUUUUGGAGGAACAUAGAAAUUUAUGGCUACGACGAACGAAGAACAAUGAAGCCAACAGAAAUACGCGAAGACGCUUUUCUGACUUUCAAGAACUCAGACAGAACGACUUAUCGAGGUUUCACGAAUUGAUGGGCAUCCAGAAUGAGCAAAUGAAUAUGCUGAAAAAUGCCAUACUGUCAUUGGAGGAGAUUUAA